UGCUACAAUAUACAGGCACAUGAUCUAAGAACAAGAAAUGUAUGGUUCCCCCACCACUACCUUCAGUAUGAUAUUCCCACCCCCUUGUAUGUUGAUUUGUGCAAAUUCGAUUGAUUCAUUAAUAUUUCCUUCAUUUGGUUACAGCCCUAGUUUCUACUACGCUUCCUGAGGUGAACUAUUUCCCAAUCCAUCAGACAAAAUGUCGUGGGAGAAAGCAUCUCAGCAAAGUAAAUCCAACAAAUCUGAAGAAGAAGAUCCCACAAAGGUAGUUAAGAAUGAUUUCAAGAAAGUUGACAAACUCGAUAUUACAGUACUUUGCUCCAUAUGUCAACAAAUGGUACACAUUAGCGAAAUUCUUUUCCAUAAAAAAGUCCACCAGGCUCUGGCAGUACUGGAUUACCAGCGGCCAUGGGUGGAAUCAAUAGAUAUAGAUGAAAUCGUUUAUCAGAGAAAACGUCUGCUUUUCAAAAUGAAAAAAUAUAAGAUUCCUAAGUAUGUUGAACGAAAGAAGGAGAAGAUUGGCUAUGCAUUUGACCUCCUUAAAGAAAGCAUGAAGCCUACUCCAUAUUUUUGUAUUGAUAGUAUUGCUCAAAGUUCUGUGCACAUUGAAGAAGUUACCAAUCCACUGAUAAAAGCCAUCGCAAUAUGUCAAGACAAAAAUGCUCGUUGGCAUGAAAACUUGGAAGACGUAUUUGUCGUAUUAGACAAUUAUGGAAACAGGGCAGGUACAUGCUUUCUUGGAGUUUUUGAUGGAAGCAAUGGAAUCUCUGCUGCAGAGACAACGUCCGUGGAACUUCCCGUUUUACUCCUUGACCAGCUUUCUCAAGAAGAUCCCUCCUACCAAGUGAGCGAAGCUGGAAAAGAAUUCAUAGAUUCAUUCUGCACCGUCUUCAGGGCAGAUUACAAAGUGAGGGAGAGACUUUUCACUCAAAAGGGUGCCAGAGGCAAGAAAUCUUGGCCAGGUGAUUAUGAAUGGGUUCACAGAGCAUAUGCUAAGUCUUUCUGGCGUAUGGACAGGCUUUUACGGCUCGGAAGAAAUGAAGUUUCCAGAGUCUGCUGGAGCAGUUGUACAGCUGCCACCUGUAUAAUAGAAAAUAUAAGCAGCGAAAAGGAAAGCCAACAAGAUGAAGAGGAGAAGAAAACACUUGAAAAGGUAACUGAUGAAGAGGAACAGAACAUCAGACAACAGAACGAGGAGGAGACGCCUAAAAGGAUAUUCAUAGCAAAGAAAAAAUGUGAUGCAGAGCAGGGAGUGGCUCUGCUUGUAACUAAUAAAGAGAGGGGCAGUGUCACAGAACAUCAGCCAGAGGAGCCACUUGAAGGAACCAACGACAGAAAGGAAAGCAGCACAGUAGAGCCAGAAAAUGAUGAGCAGGUUGCCAAUAAUAAGGAUGUGAUUCAGGAAGAGGACCUGCUUGAAAGCAAGCAACAGAAGCAAGGAGAAUCACUUGAAAGAAGAGAUGAUCGUGCCAGAGAGCCAGGAGACAAUGUGCAGAUUGCUGAUCAUAUAGAUGAGAACCAGGAAGAGGGUCUCCUUGAAAACAUAGGACAGCAGCAAGUUGAGUCAUCUGAAAGAACAGAUGAUCACACUGGAGAGCCAGGAGACAAUGUGCAUGUUGAUGAUCAUAUAGAUGGGGACCAGGAAGAGGGUCUCCUUCAAAACAUGGAACAGCAGCAAGGAGAGUCAUCUGAAAGAACAAAUGAUCAUGCCCAAGAGUCAGGAGACAAUGUGCAGAUUGCUGAUCAUAUAGAUGAGAGCCAGGAAGAGGGUCUUCUUGAAAACAUGGAACAGCAGCAAGUUGAGUCAUCUGAAAGAACAGGUGAUCACACCGGAGAGCCAGGAGACAAUGUGCAUGUUGCUGAUCAUAUAGAUGGGGACCAGGAAGAGGGUCUCCUUCAAAACAUGGAACAGCAGCAAGGAGAGUCAUCUGAAAGAACAAAUGAUCAUGCCCAAGAGUCAGGAGACAAUGUGCAUGUUGCUGAUCAUAUAGAUGAGAGCCAGGAAGAGGGUCUUCUUGAGAACAUGGAACAGCAGCAAGGAGAGUCGUCUGAAAGAACAAAUGAUCUCACCGGAGGGCCAGGAGACAAUGAGCACAUGGCAGAUAGCAUAGAUGGGAGUCAGGAAGAGGAAGAGCUUGAAGACGACAAUAGUUCUGCACUGACAGAAGAAAAAUUUGGACUAAUGCAUAUUGCUAAUAUUGGUAACGUUCAUGCUGUUUUAUGCAAAAAUGGGAAAAGCUAUUGGGUUACUAAAGAACAUAGCACUUAUUCUAGAGAAGAAAGGAUCCGUGUUCUUAAGAAUGGUGGCUCUAUCAGCAGCAACGAACCCAAAGGACUGAUAGAAGGACUUAUCAAAAGCACUCGGGGCCUUGGCUACCACGGCAAUCCAAAGCUGAAAAACACUGUUAUUCCUGUACCACAUACAAUCUCCUUUCCUGUUGAUGAUUCAUGCCAAUUUCUUAUUUUAGCUUCUAAUGGACUCUGGGAAGUUCUGGAUAAAAGUGAAGCAGUACUAUUGACAUUAACAAUGUUUUCUGCUUAUCUGGAAAAGUAUCAGCGCUCCCAACUGAAGAAAACCCGCAUGUCCAAAGGCACCGAGUUACCUUUGAAUGAUUUGGAAGCUGAAUUCUAUUCAUGGUAUUUAAAUAAAGAUUUUUUUGCAGAUACUGACUUACAAAAUUUAAGAUCCUCAAGUGGUGGUGAGCAAGAACAAGAGAUGGUUCAGUCAGGUUCCUCAGCAGAGGAAGAAUCAGAAGAAGCGGAAGAAUCAGAAGCAGAUGAGGAAGAAGCAGCAGCUGAAGAAGAGGAAGAAUCAGAAACCACUCUAGAAGUUCCUGGAUCAUGGGACUUAAGUGAUGAUACAUCUCAUGAAAGCACAGAACUAACUAGCCCAGAGUUUGAGAUAAAUGUAGAAGAACCUGAACCUGAAAGUUUUGAAUCUUCUGAAAUAUCUGAAGAUUCAGAAAUCAAUUCUAGGACAUUUUAUGCCCUUGCAGCUAAGUAUAUUAGUAAGCACCUUGUAGAAGCUGCACUAAAAGCAGGUUCCAGAGAUAAUAUUACUGUUUUGAUAGCACUCUUAAAUGGAUGUGAUAAAAUACCCACUUAUAUUUAGCAUGUAUUUCAUGCUUAAGAGGAUAGUUCAAGUGAAGGAAAGCUAUAGUAUAGUUCAUUCAUUUUA